AGCAGCCUCUCUCUCUCUCUGAUAUACUACUAGUAUAAUAGUAGCAGUUUUUGUCUUUCUUGAUUGAUUAGGAUCCAAUUAUCCAUCCAUCUCCCCUAGUUUAUAUUUAUUUAACUAGUUUAUUAAUAAUCAGAUCUCUCUCUCUCUCUAUCUCUUUCCCUACUAGUGUAAAAUCUACUAACUGUCAGCUUCUACUCUCUUUUCUUUAAUUACUCCAAUCUCUCUCUCUCUCUCUCUCUCUCUGCAUAUCACUAGCAUAUUUGGGAAAGCGAUUGCGACACAAACUAACGCAGGCUUUCCAACCCACCCACCCAAAUCAAUUUCACUUAUCUCUCCAGUUUCACUUAUCUCUCCCACCUCAACCAAUUUCGGGUCGGGUCGGGUUGAACUGAGCCCAGUUGGUAAAGGGUAAUGGGGUCUGAGCAGAACAGAUUUCCACACCAACAACCUCCUCCUCCUGCUCCAAGGAGCAAAAGAUGGGGAGGAUGCUGGGGUGGAUUGUCUUGUUUUGGUACACAAAAGGGCGGAAAGCGUGUUGUACCUGCAUCACGUCAAGAGGCAAAUCAGCCAAAUGGAUCUCAAGCUGUCGGGAUAAAUAAUCAAACUACAGCAAUCCAUCCAUCUCUUUUAGCUCCACCUUCUUCUCCAGCUUCAUUUUCAAAUUCUGCUCUCCAGUCAACAGCUCAGUCUCCUAACUGUUUCUUGUCUAUGUCUGCCAACUCACCUGGUGGUCCUUCAUCUACUAUGUUCCGUACCGGGCCGUAUGCACAUGAAACUCAACUUGUAUCUCCUCCUGUUUUCUCUACAUACACAACUGAACCCUCAACUGCUCCUUACACCCCUCCACCUGAAUUGGCACAUGUGACCAAUCCAUCUUCCCCGGAUGUCCCUUUCGCGAAGUUGCUUUCAUCUUCAGCCAAUUUCAGAAACCGUGAAAAGGGGAAUUACAUUGCUGCCAAUGACCUUCAUGCAUCAUAUUCUCUUUAUCCUGGAAGCCCAGCUAGUAGCCUCAGGUCGCCUAUUUCUAGGACCUCAGGUUUGUCAUCACCUUAUCCUGACCGUGACUUGCUUCAGUGGGAUCCCUCCGUUUCUCAAGAACUGAAUCACCCAAGGUCUGAGUCAGGCAGAGUAUAUGGACUUGAUACAGCCAGUGCUUCCAAGCUGUCUCAUGACUCUAAUUUCUUCUGCCCUGAAACAUUUGCACAAUUCUAUCUCGACCAAUCUUCGCUUUCUCAGUCUGGUGGGAGGCUAAGUGUCUCCAAGGAGACAGAUGUUCACUCUAAUGGUGGAAACGGACACCAAAAUAGACAUAGCAAAGCUAGCAAACAAGAUGUUGAGGAAAUUGAAGCUUACCGAGCAUCCUUUGGAUUCAGUGCUGAUGAGCUUGUCACUACACCUCAGUAUCAUGAAAUAUCUGAUGUUAUGGAUGGUUCAUUUACCAUCAUGCCUUAUACCUCUGAUAAGUCAUACGGGGAAGAAACACUUGCAAAUUUUCCAACAGAGAUUAGACCAAAGGCUGGAACAAUACAUGUGAACUUACCAAGUGUGAAAACAUGCAAAUCAAAUGGAUACAUAAAUGUGGAGAAACAUUCCAAUGCAGCAAGUCCAUGCACUGAUUUUGAAGAUCAGGGAUCAAGGAGGCUACUUGGAGAGGAUGACAAUGGACUAAGCGAUAGUGAAGACAUUUUCUCAAAGAUGGGGACAUCCAGAAUUAGCCGAAAGUAUAAAAAGGGUUUGUCAAGCUCUGACGCUGAAGUUGAUUACAGAAGAGGGAGAAGUUUAAGGGAAGGAAGAGGAGAAUUUGCAUGGCAAUACUAGUAAUGGAUAAAAAAACGAAACUGUUCACAGUAAUGUACUACUAAUAUGCAAAGUUCAUGCUCCUUAUGUAUCUUUUGGUGGGGGCUUCUUUGAUAGGUAAAACUAACUACAUUCUCUUUGGUGUGACUUGUAUUUUGGCUUGUCUAGUUGGUGGAUGUAGUUGCUAUAUAUCUACUGCUUGGGUUCCCCAGGAUAAACUUGUGAUGGGAGGCUAAUAUAUUUUCAAGUGUGAUUAGUCAAGAGAUGAUAUAUGAAAGUAUGUUUCUAUGUGAAUAGUAAAUGCAAGUCUUGGUAAUGUCAUUGGCUGGUUAUCCUGUAACAAAAGUGAAGAGUUCUUUUUUUC